AUAAAUGACCGUGAGAUUUGGUAAUGUUCUUUAAAGCUACUUUAUAAAAUUAUUUUGAUCUCCCUCUUCCCGUUCACAAAUAGAGGAGCGAGCACUGCCUCUAUGGACCAGCCUCCUCUAUAUUGUCACAAGGUGUCCUUUUUUUGAGCUUCCCAUCAAAUCUAGAGAGUGGACCUGGAGUUAGUUAUUUGGUCAAACUACGAUUUGGUCAAGAAUGAACCUCCACGCACAUGUAUUUCUAGAUUUUGACACAGGGCCCCUCUACAAGACAGGGCCCCAGGUAAUUGUGCUUUAGUUGAUAUUGUUCUUUAGCUUUGAUCAGUCACACACAGCCUUGAUGAGAACACGCAGAGAAAUGCAAAUAGUCUAUUAAACUUUGUAAUUAAAGUUGUGAAAUGUAACGGGUUUACUUUUCUUCUACUGACUAUUGUUUGUUGUGACAAAUCACCCAGUAGUCUAUAAUGUAUUUGUAUAUAUUCAGAUUCUUAAUAAGUAAGAGAAUAGGGUAUGUAGCCUCAUAAGAAAUAUUUGCUUGGUUGCACAUUAAACAAUAAUAGGCAAUAUGUAAUCGAGCAAAUAAAUAAGACAUGUCACUUUUUGUUUUCUGUUUACUCAAUGUAAACAGUAUGGCAUCAGUUAGUGUUGUAUGAAUGCUAAACCUCUCUUAUUUAAGCCAGGAAUUCCUUUAGUCCUAUUUCCCCGCUGAUUUGCAUUUUUUAAAGUUGUUGAAAGUUUAUUUUUGGGAAUGUUUUUUUAAAAAUUUUAUUUCGUUUAUGGCUCUACAGUCAGCCUAAGCACUACAGCUCAACAACUCUAAUUCAGCUUUCAAACGAGCCUCGGACCACCCAAACCACCAUGGACCAUCAAACAGUGAGAAACUAACUAAGCGGAUUAUGAUGGCGGCUACCAGUGUCGCUGAGAAGCCGCAGUACUGUCAUAUCAGUGAAAGAUGCGGGACUGUCGCAGCCGGUCCAUUGGUGGAGAGGCUACUGACGUCACGGGAGCCGUCCGGCCAGUGUUUCGGAGGAAGAGUCCAAGUACCGUGUGUGGAUGAGACGCUGGAGACCGAACACAGCAGCAAAUAGUGCGUUCAAUGACUUCAGUUUACGGGCUCUCAGGAGGACAACGCUGUUAUUUCUUCAUUCUUAACUACUGGAUAUAUCACCACCUGCACCAAAGGAGGGAUCCAUGAGCCAAGACAGGACCCGAGUUCUCUUAUAAAUAAGGUGCAGCUCUGACUGAGAUGGCCAUGUCAUUGCGCCACCACAGGACAGUCAUAUUGGCUGUGGUGGCCUUCUGUUUCCUGCCUUGCAUCACUUCCUCUCUCAACCUGGAGGAUCCCAAUGUCUGCAGCCACUGGGAGAGUUACUCGGUGACAGUGCAGGAGUCAUACGCCCAUCCCUUUGAUCAGAUUUAUUACACCAGCUGCACCGACAUCCUCAACUGGUUUAAGUGCACCAGACACAGGGUGAGCUAUCGGACAGCCUAUCGAAGGGGAGAGAAGACCAUGUACCGGAGAAACUCCCAGUGCUGCCCAGGCUUCUACGAGAAUGGAGAGAUCUGUGCUCCUCAUUGUGCGGCGAGCUGUGUCCAUGGCCGUUGUAUGGCCCCCAACACCUGCCAGUGCGAGCCCGGCUGGGGGGGCUCCAACUGCUCCAGUGCUUGUGACAGUAACCACUGGGGUCCCCACUGCAGUAGCAGAUGUCAGUGCGAGAACUCUGCACUGUGUAACCCCAUCACCGGAGCCUGUAUCUGCACUCCUGGGUACCGAGGCUGGCGCUGCGAGGCCCAGUGUGAAGUGGGCACCUACGGAAAUGGAUGCCAGCAGAAAUGCCAGUGCCAGAACGGAGCUGCCUGUCACCAUGUUACCGGAGAAUGCAAGUGCUCACCAGGAUACACUGGAGCUUUCUGUGAAGACCUGUGUCCUCCAGGUAAACACGGGCAGCAGUGUGAGGAGAGAUGUCCGUGUCAGAAUGGAGGAGUGUGUCACCAUGUGACUGGAGAGUGCUCCUGUCCUGCAGGAUGGAUGGGUACAGUGUGUGGCCAGCCAUGUCCAAAGGGGAGAUUUGGACAAAACUGUUCCCAAGAAUGUCAGUGUCAUAACAACGGCUUCUGUGUGUUGUCCACUGGACAGUGUCUCUGCAGUCCUGGGUACACAGGAGAACGGUGCCAGGACGAGUGUCCGGUUGGUACUUAUGGUGCUGGCUGUGCAAAGACGUGUCGUUGUGAGAACAACAGCAAGUGCUACCACACCAACGGGAUGUGUCUGUGUGAGCCAGGAUACACAGGGGAGACAUGCGACGCCCGACUGUGUCCUGAAGGACGCUACGGCCUCCGGUGUGACAGGAAGUGUCCGUGCUACACCCAGAACACACGCAGCUGCCACCCGAUGUCAGGGGAGUGUACGUGUCAGCCUGGCUGGUCAGGCCUGUACUGCAACGAGACGUGCACCUCGGGAUUUUAUGGAGAGUCCUGCCAGCAGGUGUGCCAGUGCCAGAACGGUGCCGACUGCCACAGUGUGGCCGGAGAGUGCAUCUGCGCUCCCGGCUUCACGGGUCCCAACUGUACAGUCCCCUGCCCAGCAGGGACACAUGGAGUAUACUGCUCCUCCAGCUGCAACUGUAAGAACAGAGCUCAGUGUUCACCUGUGGACGGAUCCUGCUCCUGUAAACCAGGGUGGCAUGGAGUUGAAUGCUCCAUCAACUGCCCCAGUGGUACCUGGGGUCUGGGCUGUAACCUCACCUGUAUGUGUGGGAACGGAGGAGCGUGCAACGCCCUGGACGGUCAUUGUACCUGUGCUCCAGGCUGGAGAGGAGAGAGGUGUGAACUCCACUGCCAGGAUGGCACCUAUGGUCUGGACUGUAAGGAACGUUGUGACUGCAGUCAUGCUGAUGGAUGUCACCACUCUACUGGUCACUGCCGUUGUCUGGCCGGAUGGACUGGUAUCCACUGUGACAGUGUGUGCGCACAGGGCCGCUGGGGCCCAAACUGCUCCCUACCCUGUAACUGCAAGAACGGAGCCUCCUGCUCUCCAGAUGAAGGGACCUGUGAGUGUGCUCCAGGAUACAGAGGCACCAACUGUCAAAGGAGUAAGUCCUACCACUUGAACUGCAAGAUCAUCACACAGCUGAUGCUUGACAUAAAGGAUAAUGGAGUUAAUUUCAUAUUCUGUCUUUUUUUCAUAGUUUUGUCCAUCAAUCCGAGUAGAAAUAAUAACAUUGUACUCUACAAGUUAAAAGCCCAGAUCUGGGCUAAAAAUAAAUCAGAAAUAUGAGUAGGAUGAUCAGACAGUUUGGUCAAAAGAGUUUGGAAGAGAAGUUGAAGCGUAAAAGGACUACCCAAACACCCAUCACAGUUUAAAGACCCACUUCCUGUUUCAACUUUGACGUAAAGCACUGUACUUGUUGUAGUUCAAUGAGGGAUUGUUAGUGAUAUUUCACUCUCACUUCCAAAUAAAGUGCUUUAGAUAAUCUUGUCCUCUGAAUGCUCGUGUUUCUGACCAAUUUGAUUUCAUUGUAGUGAUGUCUCCGUGUUCCAGUCUUGGACUCAGUCUCUCCUCUCCAAGACUUAAAGCAAUAAAUCCACAAUUAAUUUUGCAAAAUCUCCAAAACUUGGUAAAGAACAGGAUCUUCAAAUCUUCACCAGAUAACUGACAAGUUUGCGACUCUUGAAUGGUCUCCCAUUAGUAUUACUAUAUAAAAAAACAUGCGUGCGUUUCUGCACCAGUCCAGGCAUGGGAUAGCUAUUGCACGGUAGUCUGGAUGGGUGUGGGGGUUUUGACACGCGUCAUAUUCAGCAAUUAAAUGUUGCCCUUUACUUUGGUGACUUUGGUCAAACUCUUUUAAAGUUCAUGCUUUUUUGAAAAAGAAGAAGUAACACAACCCUCACAUGCAAAACAUUUUCACAACUUAAAACUCCUUUCAAGUCCCACUUUCUAGCUUUUUUCUGAAGCUUUCAGUUGUAUCACACAGUCAUCAUUAGUGAUGGAGAUGGAGCUUUGGUUUGUUUAUAUGAGUAUUGCUAUGAUUUAUUCCAUAGAACUUUUAGGACGUCUCAUCUACGUACAUGCUUGAAAACAAUCAACUGGCACUGGUCAUGACAGUGUACCUGUCAUAUGAAUAGCAGGUCUUGUGUCAUCAGUUAACUGAUCCUCUGCUUCUACACAUUUAAGGAAGGAGGUGGGAUAUGAUAAGUGCUGCUAAUUGUCUAGUUCUAUGGAUUUACCAAGGUUCAAGUAAAGUGUGAAUGCAGUUUUUAGACGGCAAAAGCGCCACAAGCUGUUAAAACACUAACAUUGAUAUACAUGUAUGUAGAAAUGUUGAUAUGAAAUGUAAUUCUGAUUCAUUAUUCUAUGUUAUGCAGAAAUCUUCAUUGCCAACAUUUUCAUAAUUAGAUGUUACUUUAGAAAACUAGAAAGCUGCACUCAUUAGAUCCCCGCCAGGUGUGUCUGCAACAACAAUGCUGUAUUGUGUGAUUGAAUUAAUACAACCACCAAUUGGCUAAUUGUGGGUCUAGACACUAAGUAAGGCUGUAAGGUGUCAUAAUACAUACUUCAUUCAAACUCAAAAACAAGCAGCGAUGUAUGCAAGCAAUUGGCCCAAAGUUGUAUAUUACACUUCAUACAACCUUGUCAACCUUGUUGCUGGAAGGUACAGCAGAGUGUGUGGUUGUGGGAGAUUGGGGGUGCACUCAGCUGUUUUAUCACUAGUGGCCCCUUCCGGCUGGGGGCUGGUUGAGAGUAGUGAGGGAGGAGUCAUCAGGCAGUCAACAGGCAUUAAAAGUCCUUUUGGUGAGUCAUGAGAGGUCCUUGAGCAUGCAGCCAUAGCUGGGCACUGAUAAUAUUAUGCAGUUUGCUGCAGCAGAAUGCGAGACUAGCCGAGGACAAACACAGAGGUGCACACUCAGUCAGGGAUGCACACACCUGACCGAUCGCAUGAUCCUUCUUUCAGAGAUAACGAUUCGGUCAAAACUGUAUGCAGAUUAAAUGAACUCAUCUUCGUGUUUCCCCUGGUUUGCCCACAGUCUGCUCUCCAGGUUACUUUGGUCAUCGCUGCAGUCAGACUUGUCCACAGUGUGCCCACAGCAACGGACCGUGUCACCAUGUCUCAGGACAGU